AGGAUGGGGGCCCGGAGGUGCUGGCUCAUCACCGUGACAGCCUGCAGGACAAGUUCAUUGAGAUCCCCUGCUCUGAGGACUACAACAGCCACAAAAGAUUUGAAGGGUGCACUCCUAGAAAGUGUGGAAGAGGGGUGACUGAUGCAGUAAUCACAAGGGAAGAAGCUGAAAGAAUCCGUAGAAUAGCAGAGAGGGGACUAUCCUUGGGAGGAUCUGAUGGAGGGGCAUCAAUUUUGGACUUGCACUCAGGAGCUCUUUCACUGGGGAAGCAUUUUGUUAAUCUGUACAGGUACUUUGGGGACAAAAUUCAAGACAUCUUCACAGAAGAGGAUUUUGCAUUAUAUCGUGAUGUGAGACAGAGAAUUCAACAAAGGAUUGCUCAGGCGUUUGGUAUCAGCUCUGCUUCCAUGUACCUGACUAAGCCAACAUUCUUCUCGAGAAUAAACAGCACAGAAGCCAAGACAGCACAUGAUGAAUACUGGCACCCACAUGUUGACAAGGUAACUUACGGCUCCUUUGACUAUACUUCACUGCUCUAUCUCUCUGACUACACUGAAGAUUUUGGUGGUGGACGGUUUGUGUUUAUGGAUGUGGGUUCCAACAAGACGAUAGAGCCCCGUGCAGGCCGGGUUUCCUUUUUCACCUCUGGAUCGGAGAACCUUCAUCGGGUGGAAAAGGUUCACUGGGGCACUCGCUAUGCCAUCACCAUCUCCUUCACUUGCAACCCAGACCAUGGCAUUGGGGAUCCAGUCUUGAUCGGUGGCCGGACCCGCAGGGGAUGGACGUGCUACGGGGAGAAGACUCGGCUUGGUCAUCACCCUGCUCCCGAGGCUACAGUCGGUACUCGCUGCAGGCACCCACAGCUGCUUCCUAAGUGCUGGCGAGGGCUCGUUUGCGGUACGGUGAAGAUGAAGACGGUUACCCUCAACAGCGGAGACGGUGUUUGUCCUCGGGGCCGGCACUCCACCAGUUUGUCCAGUUUAUGGCGGGAAGAGGCAGAAAGACUGAUGCGUACGAGAGUUGACUGCAUGCGCUCCCGCGUCGGGAGCCGAGAGAACCCUGUGCCCCUUGGCCCCUCCGGGCGGGCAGCGGGGACCACCCCAGGAGGAGGUGCAGGCCGCGUUCCCAGCGAAGCCAGCCAAGGACAGCGGCCGGUGCUGUGGCCUACAAACGUGGUCAUCGUCACCGACCGGCUGCCGUUAAUCAAAACCCGAGAAGUUCUGGUACACAACCACUUCCUCCGCUCAGCCAUCAGUAGCUAA